AUGAAGGCUAUCGUUUGUGUACUCCUCCUGGCCGCGGCCGCAGUCUUUGGUGCAGAAGAGAAAAAGAACGAGAAGCGUGGCUUACUAGGUCUUGGAUACGGUGGUGGCCUGUACGGUGGUCACGGUCUGGGUCUGUACAGCGGUGGUCAUGGCCUGGAUCUGUAUGGUGGUCACGGUAUCAGUGUAGCCUCUGCUCCCAUCGUGAGCCAUAGUGUGGCCAUCCCUGCUCCCGUUAUCAGCCAUAGCAUCGCAGCUGCUCCUAUUGUAGACCAUGGACUAUACGGUGGUCAUGGUUUAAUCGGUGGUCAUGGUUUAAUUGGUGGUCAUGGUCUGAUCGGAGGUCAUGGCCUGAUCGGCGCUCCACUUCUUGGACUCGGUCAUGGUGGCUGGCAU